AUGACUUCGACUUCAACCACCCUUCAACCUAUUCAACCUCCUCAUCCUUGGCAACUAUGCGGUCCAGCUCUCUGUCAUUUGGUUCUUUACUCAUCCGAUCUCACUUCGAUUCGGGUGAGAUUUCCAGUCCUGAGUCGAACUCGUACUGCUAUCGGAUCUGGUUCGCGUACUUCAAUUCGUUUCGAUCAUCCAGAUUGCGCUCCGCUUCAUCUUAGACUAGCCAUCGCCAACAAUUAUGUAGGUUCAAUUCAAGUUCAUGGGCCACAGGGUGUCAAACUUCAAGAUCGCUACAUUUUUCCACCUAAUCCUCUACCUUCCCUGGAAGAACACCCCUGGAUCGAACUUAAAGACGGUGAUAUCUUUUACGUGGCGCAGUGGCCAUUCAAAUUUGAACAACGUUGGGAUUUACACGCCAUUGAUUGGAAUCUAUUUGACCUUGACUCAGUGACUGACGCGGAGACCCGGAAACUAGUGAUCGGUUGUCGGGAAUUGUGCAAACAAACAUUGAAAUCAGAUCCGCCCUCGGAUAAUGAUAGUAGUCUCGAUCAAAAUUCGGAUUCAGUUUAUAUUAACAGUCCCCUCUCACCAUCUGCUACAAUUUCAGACCUGAGUUUAGUUUGCGAAAACAAUCAAGACCAUAUAGGUAUAUUAAACCCAACCGACACGACAUCAUCCCUACCUCAUCCAUCAGACGAACUUCGUCUAGACUGUCCUAGAUCUGGAAGUUCAUCUUUAUCAUCUGAUUCCGAAUCCGACGAACCUCAAAUGACUUCUCAAACCCGUCUCCCCACCCGCUCUUCACCUAGGCGAGAACAGACCCCUCCUCGUUCAUCUCAGGCUAUCCUCAAGGCACCACACACUGAUCUCAUUCCAUCAAAACAAUGCGUGGAUCGUAACAAACAGCUGAGAUUAGUCAUCACCCCGCAAAAAUCUAACGCGAGACUCAGUUGGCCAUUACUUGCCUCUCAACCUCAAUCUCUAAAUUUCGAAAAUCACACCAAUCCACAACCAAAGGCUGUAGAAUCAAUCUCUCCUAUCUUGGAAAAGGAGCAGCCUACCCCUAUCUCACCCUCUUCAAGUGAUCCGGAUAUGACUCAUGUCUCCUUCAGAAGACGGUCUUACCGACGUUCCCCUGAGGCUGUCAAUCAAAAGCGUGUGCGUGUCAAUGGACCCCUACUUGAUGAUGAGUCUAGCGGUGAAGAUGACCACGGAGACGAUGAGAACGAAAACAUAUCUCAACAGCUUUAUCGUUCUCCCCCUUCUCCAGGACGUAGACCUUCGCGCUUUCUUCCUUCUCCCGAAGCUUCGACAUCUACCUCGCCGCAAUCGCCUCCCGCGAUAGGGUCGACUGUAUUUGAUCCUUCCCAACCCACCAGCCCUAUCACCCCUCCUGAUCUGCGUCCCCGCCGAAAAAGCUUGCUACAAAAAAUUCUUAUCAAGCGAGCCGUUGAAGUCCAUCUUGCUCAGACUCCUGAACACCCAGAUCCUAUUGGUGGAUGCAGCGGUUUUAGUAGCAGUGAUGAAGAAGACGAUGAGCAAGCUGAAGAGGAAGAUGUUGGAAGCACAGAUGAGGAUGCCGCGGAACAAGGACCUAACUCUACCCCUGAGGUCGACCGAGACCUUGGAUUUACUGAGACCGUCGAAUCUCCAGCAAAUCCGCUGCCAGAUCCCCGGUCUCUAGCUUUACUCCAAGUGAGCUUUCAAAUGAACCGUGUAAUACUAUGUGAUGGUCUCUCAUGUCACGCAUUUUUUCUACAGACUACUGCUCUAGCCUCAUCCUCAGACUCUGAUGACUUGACAACCCAAGCAAGCCGCGUGUUUCCCUCCACCAAUGGCAAGGCUCAGUCGUUUCACGCACUUGGCGUAUCUAGAUCCCCAAAUUCUCUUUUAUCGCCUACCCGAUUUUCUCCAACUCAGUCUCGUCGGUCUGUCUCCCCCAAUGCGAAACUUUUGGCUGAAUACGAAAGUAGAGAAGGAUCUGGCCAAUCCAGCUCACCUAGCCCAAUCAGCGUCGAAUUUCCUCUAAAAAGCAGUUUUAGACGACAAUCUUAUACACCUGAGGAGCUACAAAGCUUUUCUACUCAGCCUGGAGCUGCCCACCUUCAAUUUACUCCCAGCGCCACACAAAUUCGGACAGCACUCAAAUACAAUACGCAAUUGAAUAGCCUAAGUCCUUCUUACACAGAUGAAGAUGAGGAACAGCAGCGAGCAGAACGUCGAAGAAGUUUACGAUCUUCAACGCCUGGUCCUUCUUGUUCAUCCUUUACACCCAGUCCAACGAAGCUUACUAAGAUCGUCAACGUGCAAAACGAAACAACAAGCCCACAUCGCUUGAUCAGAACUCCAAGAUCAUUCUUGAUCAAACGAGGUGGAUCGUUAACUCCAUUGGGAGUGCCGUUCUCGCGUAGUCCUACAAGACAACACCCUAUCAAGCCUAUUGAAGAGGAUGGAGAAGGAGAGUAUGAAUUGGACGAAUCGGGUAAACGAAAAGUCAGGUUUGAUAGAGAUGUCUUUUGUCUUGAAUUUGAUAAGUUACCUGAAGAAUUACCCAAAGAACCUCGCAGUAAAAAAUCCAAAAUCGAAGCCAAACCUGAAGAUUCAAAUCAAGACUCUGCACCAAAACCAAGGGGUAACCGACGUCGCAAAGCGAGUGAUCCCGGUAACAGUUCUAACUCAAAUCGUCCUAGGCGAGCUUCGAGUAGGUUAUCUGUACCUGUUUCCAACCGUGAUCACGCUUCACGACGUGCACGCGGCGAUCAAUCUUCAGAUUCUAUUGCUGCAUUUCAAGGCCGAGAAUACUCGACAAUCAAUUCAAGCGGAGGUCAUACUUCUGUUGAUGAUUCGGCUAUUGCCACUAUGCCAAAUCAACCAGAUCAAAAUGACUCGAUCAUUUCACAAAUCAAGCAACAAUUCGUGAAUCUCGGCAUUGGUGGCAAUAAUAGCACCAGACAGCGAGCGAAUUCUUUACCAGCUGACGUGUCACGAUUCGCGAAUCGGAACAACACUACUGAGAAGACUGCAGACCCAGCAGAUCUAGCGAACGAGAUGAAAUGGUUAUCACUAAAUACAAUCAAUACACAUCCUUAUCUAAAACAACAUUCAGGCAUCACCGAAAGACCCCAUUCUGCUCCUUCUUCAGCUUAUCUCAAAACUACUACAACACCGCGUCUCAAGUUUCCUGAAUUAAGUUCAUUUGCACCUCAAUUAGUUGGUGUACGAGAAAUGAUUCUUGCUCCUAUUCAACGUUUGAGUUUACCUCAUCUGGAUAUGUCUUGGAAGAAUAUCUUCACUUCUUGGAGGGAUCCUGUGAAUCCUCCUGUAGCUAGUCUUGUGGACCCUCAAGGUGAUGGUGAUGGUGAAGAGUAUCAAUCAGAUGAUGCCUGCUCAGAAGACUCAGUUAUCAUUGUGAUCAACGAAGAUGCUUUUCCGACAUCGCCGGAAGCAGAAGCAGAACCUUCUGAUCCACUUCCUUUGACAACAGAUGUGGUAGUAGCUGAAGAGGAUCUUAAAGUGGAUUGUCAGGAAGAUAUGGUAUCCUCAAAUACAUCUUCGAAGCUAGAAAACGUGUCUGCAGACGAAGAUCAACGUCAAACAAGUAAAAAACCAUCAAGACGAAAAGUUGCAUCACCACCACUAAGUUCGAAUUCUAAUACACGAACACUUCGAUCACGAUCCACUAACGCAAAAAACGGAACUUCAACCACUCCUGAACCUGUUCCUGUGACAAAUAAAAGAAGUAAUUCAAAUCGAACUGAUUCAUCUGGAUCAUCUAAAAACGAAGUUGAUAAUAAUCCGAAAAAUGAAAGAAUAAGUAAAGCAGGAGGAAUGACUUCACCACGGAAGACUAGAUCUAGGACUCGUACUCGAACUGGUGAAACUGAAGAUCAUCAUGAAAAAAAGAUACUUGAUACUGAACAUAAUAAUAAUAAUAAUAUUUUUGAAAUUGGAAAUGGAAAUGGAUUGAUUAAUAAUCAUAAUAAUAGUCAAAAUAAUCGAAGACGUACUCAGAGUUCAAAGUAA